UCGUAAACCUUAAACAGAAAGAAUCUGGUGUAGAAAUGAGAUUAUUAAAUAUGACAAAUAAACUGUGGGUUUAAGGAGAUCGAACGUUCAUUUUAAACAGUUUAAAGGUGCGCUGUUUCUGUGUUUCGACCACUGGAUGGAGCCCGAAUUGGGGGCGUGUCUUUACUACACUGCUGGCACCAUGACAGUGUUUGAAAACUGUACUGUGGUGUUAGAUGUCAAAAAUGUGCCAUUUAAGGAAAAGAAUAAAUUGAGACUAGCUCUUCUGCAGAAUGGAGCAAACAUCUCAUAUGUCAUCAGCAAAGAGUGCUCUUUUGUAGUCACUAGCAGUGUGAAUGACCUGAGCAGUAACCGGCAGCGCAGCAUCCAGAAGCUCCAGGUCCCAGUGGUCGGGACGCAGUAUGUGUGGAGCUGUCUGGACCAAGGGCAUCUCAUGCCUUUGACCGAGCAUAAUUUGGCCCCACAGCUGCUGUAUCCCGGCUCUGAAUUCCUUCCCCGUUCAGAGGUAAAAGUGUCGACACACAAACUAGAAAAAGAGAAGUUCAAAGGUCACACUGAGUUUCCAAAGACUGAAGUUGAGAUUCUUGAGAAGGGUGGACCCUGUCCUGGCAGGUUCAGAGUUUAUAAAGAAGGCGACCAUGGCCUGCCUGAAUUUCCUUCUUAUUUUCAAGUGGCCAAAUAUUCGGUUUUUGAGAGGGUCAAACCCAAGGCUUUGUCUGUUUUGGAGCUGCAGAGUGCCAAAGGCCGAGCAGGCCAGCAGUAUCGUGUGUUGUGUUUAGUCUUGCGUGAAGCUGAGGCCGCUGUGGUUCAAGACAAGCUUGUGUUCUGCGUGACGUCUGAAGAUGCUGUGGAAGCAUAUCUGCAGCUGAUGAAGGAGAUGGAGACAGAGGGAUUCACAAAGACACACACACUUCCCCCUGAGGUUGAGCGCUUGGCAUCCUACAGCCUGCAGCAGCUGCUGUUGGAGGAGAAGCUGAACUGCAGCACAUUAUCACAGGAAGUCGGUGUCUUCGUGGAGCUGGUUUGGACUGAAGCUCUUGGGUCCCUUAAUAACAUCCUGACAGUCCCUGUCUCCAGACUCAGAAUCAGCCUCAAUGAUGUGAGCAGGGUGGAGGGAUUGUUACUGCAGGCACAAAAGACUGAGAAAGAGGAUGAAGUCAAAGCCCUGCUGGAGGAGGUCAACACUCUUCUACCCCUCAGAAUGAUCGACCCUCCUUCCAAACACAAGCUUGUGUCUCAGAAACUAGACCUUUGUCAGCUGAUCAGAGAUAUUGUAAAUGUCAGUGAGGCCACUCUGGGAAGCCCGUCGCCCUCGUCUCUGGGAAAGUAUCGAGCUCUGAGGUGCAGCAUUGAGGUUGUUCCACCACAAAACCCUGAGUUUCAUGUUGUCUCUCAACUGCUUCAGGACAGGCCUGUUCAGAUUCAGCAGAUACUGCGUGUCAGCAGAGGGGUGGAGCUUCAGUUGUUUAGAGAGGAUUUAGGCAACAUUAAACCCCUCCUCCACUCCACUAGUUCCAGCAGUUUUGUUGGAAUACUGUCACGAGGUCUGCUGCUGCCCAGGGUUGGAGUUGAACAGCAUGGGAUUGAGAGAACAGAUAUCGGGAAUCUUGGAGGAGGAAUCUACUUCAGUGACUCUCUGAAGACUAGUGUGAAAUACUCCAAGCCCAGUGUAACUGACGGCUCUCGGCUGCUGUUGGUGUGUGAAGUGGCGUUGGGUCGGUGUAAGGACCUGCUGAAGAAAGACACCACUUUGACUUGCGCUCCUGACGGCUUCCACAGUGUACAUGGAGUCCGCCGCUCUCCCAACAGACUCUCUGAAUUUGAGGAUGAUGAGUUUGUCGUCUAUAACACAGACCAGAUCAGAAUGAAGUAUGUGGUUCAGUACAGUCUGGAGGGGGACGAGUUAAAAGAGUUCCAGCCUCAAAUCAACACCUUUGUGGAGCUCUCACAUCUCACGGACACAACGACUGAUGUCUUGUCCAGUGAUGACAGUGAGGGUUUGGAGUCCACUAAGAAUCCUCUAGAGGAGAUGAACGCAGGUUUGCUGGACAGCAGUGGUCAGAAACUUCCUCUACAGGCUGUCAAUGUGAAGUGCAAGCUGAUGGACCUGCUGUGUCAGGUCAUCAUUUUUCAGACCUACACAAACCAGAGUGCUGUUCCCAUUGAAGCAAAGUAUGUCUUUCCACUGGAGGAGACGGCAGCAGUGUGUGGAUUUGAAGCCUUUAUCAAUGGAAAACACGUCAUUGGAAAGGUAAAGGAAAAAGAGCAGGCUCGUAAGGAGUACAAGCAAGCCAUAGAGAAAGGCCAUGGAGCCUACCUGAUGGACCAGGAUGCACCUGAUGUAUUUACUAUCAGUGUGGGGAAUCUUCCUCCUGGAGCCACAGUUUUGAUCAAAGUGACGUUCUUCACUGAGCUGCUGGUCAGAUCAGGCUCUAUAAUCUUCUCACUGUCUGGCAGCGUGGCACCAUGGCAACAGAGCGCCGCCCUUAAUCAGACAACUCAGGCAACUGUUGAAAAGAUUGGUGUGACGGAGCUUCAGUCAGAGGGAGAGUUCUCUCUGUCUAUGUCCAUUGAAAUGCCUUAUGAGAUCAUCGACUUGAGCUCUUCACACCGCAUCAAAACCAAGAGGACAGACUGUAAGGCAGUGAUCAGCACAUUACCGGGACAGACUCUGGGAUCUGAAGGGUUACAGGUGUCCUUCAGUCUUUCUAAUAUCCACAUGCCCAGGAUGUGGGUCGAGAACCAUCCGGAUAAAGAUAGUCAGGCCUGCAUGCUGGUGUUUUAUCCAGACUUUAAGUCAAGCGGGGUGUCCAGCUCUGGAGGUCCGUCCAGUGUGAGCGAUGUGGUCAUUCUACUGGACUCCUCCAAGUCCAUGCGGGGAGACUCCAUGCUAAACGCCCGCAGGAUUGCCCUUCAAGUCCUCAAAUCUCUGGACCGCUCACUGAAGAUCAACAUCAUCUCUUUCAGCACUGAUUACAAGGAAGCUUACCAUACACAAUAACAUUUACAUUAGGCAUCUGAAGCAGCCAGAAAAUUUAUUAUGUCGUGUAGCGGCUCUGGUGGCAGCACUGAUCUGUGGCGGCCUCUCCGGAUCCUGAGUCUGCUGCCUCCCUGCCGGGGCGUGAGGAACAUCCUGCUGCUCUCUGAUGGACAUGUUCAGAACCAGCCUCUGACCCUACAGCUGGUCCAAGAAAACUCCUGCCACACGCGCCUCUUCACCUGCGGACUCAGCGUGACAGCUAAUCGUCAUAUGCUCAGAGCUUUGGCUCAGGCAGGUGGAGGAACAUAUGAAUUUUUUGACACAAAGAUGAAACACACUUGGACAGAGAAGGUGCGCGCUCAGGUUCAGCGUAUGGAGUCUCCAGGCUGCAGAUCAGUGGCAGUGAAGUGGCAGCAGUUUAGUCCCACAGCGCCCCCUCCUGUUCAAGCCCCUUCACAGCUUCACGCUCUCUUCAGUGACUGUCACUCUCUGGUGUACGGCUUUGUGCCACACUGCACUCAGGCCACACUGUUUGGUGAUUUGAGUGGACAAGAGAUCAAAACAAUGGUUUCCACCACAGAACUACAAAAGACAAAGGGAACUCUCCUUCACAAGUUAACAGCAAGAGCGAUCAUCAGAGACUAUGAAGAUGGCAUUCUAAGCAACAGUGAGGCAGAACACGAGGGGAAGAAAGCAGAGCUGAAGUCCUACAUCAUUGAGCUCAGUAAAGAGUUCUCCAUCUUGUCCCAGUUCACAAGUUUUGUCGCCAUUGAAGAGAGGGAACAGAAUGAGCUUGACACUGGAUUCACAGAUAUUCCUAAAAUCAUAUCAGAGGAGGAUGUAGAUAUUUUGCCAUAUAUGGACUGGACUGAAGAGAAGCUGAAGACUGUGCAUAUUAUUGGUGCUGAAGAUGAUAUAUCGAUGGAUUUAGAGCGAUGCAGCAGUAGCUCCACAUCUGAAGAACCCCUGGGUUCUGCUCGUGAAGCAGACGAUUUUGAUGAUGAUGAUUUAGAGCAUGACUAUGAAUCUUUUAAUGAUUUUACAGAACAAGCAUCAGCAGCUAGCCAUGCUUUUCCUCGCUCCAGAAGCCUCUGGCGUCCUUCACGUUUUGAAGAUAGCUCUGACACCUUCAGUGGCUAUCUGAAAUCUAAACCUGUUGUAACACAUCCCCGUGACCUUUCCAUCAAGCAUCGUGAAUUAAAGAAUGCUCCCAGACCCUUUUUUCUACAGAAAGAGUCAGUAGAACUUCUCACCAUGGCUAACAGACUUUCUCCCUCUUCUCCUUUUGGUGGUGCCUCCAUGAGUGUCAGACUUCCCUCUCCAGAUGCCUCCCAGGUUACAGCCUCAAUGCCUCCUCUCCAUGACCUCCAUGACCUCCUUGACUCUGCAGCAAUGGCAUCUGUCCCCUUAAAUUACAGCCUCUGUUCCCUGAUUCCCAUAGGUGCCUCAGCGGAUGCUCUUCAUCCUCAACGUCAUCGUCGUCAUCUCCAUCAUGAGUUAAUGGAACCUCUCUCCAUGGGUCUCCCUCCCCCUGCUACCCAGCUUUCCUCUGCCACAGAGUUCGCCACUGGCCUUUUUGCCUCAUCUCCUCCUGUCUAUGCAGAUCUUUCUCAUCCUCCUCCUCUUGCAUAUCACCAAUUUAUGUCCAUGACUCCCAGCCCUGCUCCUCCUCCAACUCUUUUUGGCAGUGUGGACACAUCUUUUUCCAGGAGGUGCAGGGCUGCUGAUCAACCCGCAAGGUCUGAACCACUCUCUUUCCUUCAGUCUGGUGGCUUUGGUGGUUUGCUCCAACAAUCGAAUGAGUCUUUGGGUUUUGGUUCCUCAGACUCUGGACUCUUUGGAGCAUCUCGGCAGAGUCUAGACACUUCUGCAUUUACUACACACAGCUACACACAACUUACAGUUCCCAAGUAUGCUGUUGGCGUGUCAAAUGCGGUUGCACACGGUGUCACUACUGGUGUCCUGCAAAAGACAACUGAGCCUGAACAGUAUAGUUGCCCUGUGUUUUAUGCACCUACCAAAGUCAUUCAUAAGCAUGGGAGGAGCAUGGCUCUGUCACUUCAGGGAAAACAAAUAAGAAGACCUCACACAGUGGCCUGGAAUGAGCUGUUUGAACUUCAGCAUGAGGAUGGAUACUGGGAGUGCACUGACAGGCUGAGCAGCUUCCUCAACCUGGACGUAGACUUUUUUGCCAAUGUCUUCCUAAAAGAGAAAGGCAUCCGUUCUUUUGGUGUGAAGGCUCAUGCUGACAUUCUGAGGCUGGUGGCGACUCUGCUGGUGCUGCAGCUGAUCCGGGUGAAGAAGCUGGCAGUGGGACAGCUGCUCGAGUCUCUCCUCCGGCUGAAAGAGUCCCAGGAGCCCAGACCGAUGUACUGGGAAGCAGUGAAGAGGGCCGUGGACUGGGCCUGCCGGGCAGACAGACAGUAUCCGUGUGUGUGCAGCAGGCUGGAGAUCGGCUGGGAUUGGGAAUCAUCUACACGUCAACUACUGGGCUGUGAUUCUCCACACCCAUAUUCCCCACUCAAACCUGUUCUGGAGAGACGUACGGGUGUAUCAGUCAUGUAGAAACUGGACAGACACUUCCCUCUUCAUUGACAGUUGCUGCUUCACUUGCUGUUUGCCUAAUAUUACUUGCUUAAUAAAUGUCUUUAUGAAACUUUGAGCUUUAUAGUAAUCUCAAAAAUAUAUUUGGACACCUGUGCUUCGUAAGAUGCUUGGAUUUCAUUGCAUUUAAAAUAAAAUAUGAAAACAAGUGCCCUUUUUGCUAACCUUUUCUUUUCAGAACUAAACAUUUGUAAUCAGUGUUGGGCUAGUUACUCAAAGAAUGUUACUCAUUACUAGUUACUCCUUUUAAAAGUAAUAUUGUUACUUUACUUAUUACUUUCUGGCAACAGUUAUUAGUUACACUACUAGUUAUGUUACUUUUUCUUUAUGCCCCACAGAAGUUGUAACUGUGUAUCUUCUACAUAAAAUGCUUCUAGAAUGUUA